AAUUAUUGAAUGAUAAUGAAAUAGUUGUAUAAACAAAUUAAGAUUUUUUAAGUGUAUUUACUUAUGUAAUUAAAAAUGACGCAAGGGAAGACAUGUGUGGAUACGGAUGCGUUGCUGCAGGAGCUAGGGCAGUUCCGUGGCUAUCACCUUAUGAACUAUUGUCUGAUCGCUUUGGCGGGUUUCUCAACAGCUAUAUACUCAAUGAAUUAUGUGUUUUUAGCCGCUGAUGUGUCGUACAGAUGUGUGAUCCCAGAAUGCGAGCUAUCCAACAGCACGGAGUACUCCCCACCAUGGCUCGAGCUGGCCCUACCAGAAGGUACCCAGGAGCGCCGCUGCUCCGCGCGCACUCCGGUGGACGCCUGCGACAGCUUCUCGGAGGAACUGCGGCCCUGUGACCAUUGGUUGUAUGCUUCAAAGGACACGAUUGUUGCUGAGUUCAAUUUGGCGUGUCAAGAAUGGAAACGCACUUUGGUAGGCACCAUCCACAACUUCGGAAUACUGGUCUCUGUGCCCUUAUUAGGAUACAUGUCUGACAGAUGGGGCCGUAAAAAGGCGUUGGUGCUAAGCUGCACGCUGUUGGGCGCUAUCGGUUCCUUAAAAGCUUUUUCCAUCUCCUACGAAAUGUAUGUUAUUGUGGAAUUCCUGGAGACUGUAGCGGGAGCCAGUGCCUUCCCUGCUGCUUAUAUUUUGACUAUUGAACUCUUGGGACAAGACAUGAGAGUAUUAGCAACUGCGUUCCUGGGCAUCUUGUUAGUCAUAGGCGGCUUGUGUUUUGCCCUUAUCGCAAAGACCUUCCAGUACUGGCGCACUUUCAUCCUCGUUGCUUACCCACCGUCGCUUCUCUUCAUAUCCUACAUAUACUUCUUACCAGAGAGCAUACGCUGGCUUCUUUCUAAAGGAAAGAAAGAAGAAGCGCUUAAAAUAAUAAAGAAAGCCGCUAAAAUGAACAAGGUGACGCUAUCAAAAGAAAUAAUGCGUCAGUUGACAACCGUUGAUGAAAAAGUGAAGACAGAAGAGAAACGACCAGUGGAACAAGGGCUUUGGAUGCAAGUGGUGAAAUCUCCAAUAAUAAUGUCGCGAUUGGCCAUCUGUUCUUGGUGGUGGAUUACUUGUACAUUCGUAUUCUAUGGGCUGGCGAUAAACUCUGUUUCUCUAGCUGGAGACAAGUAUACGAACUUCAUGUUAGUGGUGAGCGUGGAAGUGAUAGGGGUGGGCACUAAUGCGUUAGUGUUGGAUCGGAUUGGUAGGAAGCGAACUCUGCUGAUUGCUUACUUGGUUUGCGGAGUGUCCUGUAUCGCGAUCGCGUUUGUUCCUAAAGGCAUGUCCUGGCUCGUGACGCUCUUGUACCUGGUGGGCAAGAUCGCCAUAACGCAGACGUUCAACGGCAUCUACAUGUACACGUCGGAGCUGUUCCCGACGCACGCGCGCCACUCGCUGCUCGGUUUCUGCUCGAUGGUCGGCCGUGUGGGAUCCAUCGUGGCGCCGCAGAUGCCGUUGCUUGCCAUCUACAUCGACUGGUUGCCUUCACUCCUAUUCGGUUCAACCGCGCUUAUAGCGGCUGCCCUGAUGAUGACAACGCCAGAGACCCUCAACGUGCGCCUUCCAGACACUAUACUUGAAGCUGAAAACAUCGGCAAAGAAAAACCCAACACGGAUACAUCACAGCUUUGA